ACCGCAGGUCACCGUUAUGGGGAUCAUUCGACACGCCGAGAAAGCACCGACGAACAUUCUCUACAAAGUGGACGACAUGACGGCAGCCCCGAUGGAUGUCAGGCAGUGGGUCGAUACUGAUGAGGCAGGUGGUGAGAAUGUUGUGGUACCUCCAGGAACUUAUGUUAAAGUAGCUGGUCAUCUUCGGUCUUUCCAGAAUAAGAAAAGCUUGGUGGCAUUUAAGAUCAUGCCUCUGGAAAAUAUGAAUGAGUUCACCACACACAUACUAGAGAUUGUCAAUGCACAUAUGAUCCUCAGAAAAAAUCUUAUGUCUGCAUCAAGAGUGCCCCAGUCGUUUUCCUCCGGUGGGAUGGGUGAGAUGGGGGGCUAUGGAGGAGGUGGCAGCCUGCCAGUGAAUGGGCUCACGGCGCAUCAGAGUCAGGUGUUGAACUUGAUUAAAAACUGCCCUGUCCCAGAAGGUAUGAGUCUUCAAGAGUUGAAACUUCAGCUCCACAAUAUGAGCAUGUCGACAAUCAAGCAAGCCGUUGAGUUCCUCAGCAGCGAGGGACACAUCUACUCCACUGUGGAUGAUGAUCACUAUAAGUCAACGGAUGCUGAGUGAAGUUACUUCCAGCUGGAUUUAGUUCUAAGCAAAUGCUUGUCGGUGUUUCAAGUUACCCUGCCGAGCUUUGUGACAUGGAAGGUGAUCUUUGCUCUUUCUAGCCUCUGAAAGUCCCAGUUACUCUAUGAGUGCCUCCACCUUGGAGUUCAGGGACGAGCAGAAUGUACAGGAUUCUGUUAACUGGACUCAAUGAUGUGCUGUGACCAUGUAACAAAGCAUAAACAGAUGUGGGAAAGCUGAGUUCCCACAAAGCUACAUCACCUUCAGUUUGUUUUUGUCUCCUUUGAGGAUGCCUGUGUUAGAAAGAAGAACCUUUCUAAUCUUGUCCUGGGCAGAUUGUCUUUUGUUUCCAGAGCUGUUUCUCCUAACUCAGCUUCCAUUACAUUUCAUUCACAAAGUGGGUAGCUAUCAGUAUAUUCCACUAAUGUAUAGUAAUCAUGAAUAGAUUUUUUAAUUGGUUUCGUUUUUGCAUUUAAAUCUAUAUUUGUACUAUGAGCUGAUCUUGUUACUAGAGCUUUUGAAUGUUUCCAGUAAAUUUUUAAUUUGGG